CCCGCGCGGGAGGGAGGGCGUGGGGAGCGGGCCGGGCGCGCACGCCGCCGGGCAGGAUCGCCGCCUCCGCUGCCGCCGGGACGGGAAGUGAGCCUCCGGACCCGCAGUGCGAGCGCGCGGGGGAGAGGGUCCCGCAGCCGCCCGCACCUGGGGCGAAGCAUGGCGGCCGCCAAGGUGGCUUUAACCAAGAGAGCCGAUCCAGCUGAGCUUAGAACAAUAUUUUUAAAGUAUGCAAGCAUUGAAAAAAAUGGUGAAUUUUUCAUGUCUCCCAGUGACUUCGUCACUCGAUAUUUGAACCUUUUUGGAGAAAGCCAGCCUAACCCGAAGACCGUGGAGCUUUUAAGUGGUGUGGUGGAUCAGACCAAAGAUGGAUUAAUAUCCUUUCAAGAAUUUGUAGCAUUUGAAUCUGUCCUGUGUGCCCCGGAUGCUUUGUUCAUGGUGGCCUUUCAGCUGUUUGACAAAACUGGCAAAGGAGAAGUUACUUUUGCCACUCGGCCGGCCCUUGGUAGAUUAAUUUUACCUGAGGCCUUGCAUAGACAAAGCACACGUCUGGAACUUGGCUGCAUAUGGGAAAUCCAGUUGGAGCAUGCAAAGCAAGCCUUUGUGCUAAGGGACAAUGCCAGGACCGGAAAAGUCACUGCCAUUGACUUCCGGGACAUCAUGGUCACCAUCCGCCCCCACGUCUUGACACCUUUUGUAGAAGAAUGUCUAGUAGCUGCUGCUGGAGGUACCACAUCCCAUCAAGUCAGUUUCUCCUAUUUUAAUGGAUUUAAUUCUCUCCUUAACAACAUGGAACUCAUUAGAAAGAUCUACAGCACUCUGGCUGGCAACAAGAAAGAUGUGGAGGUGACUAAGGAGGAGUUUGUUCUGGCAGCUCAGAAAUUUGGUCAGGUUACACCCAUGGAAGUUGACAUCUUGUUUCAGUUAGCAGAUUUAUAUGAGCCACGGGGACGUAUGACCUUAGCAGACAUUGAACGAAUUGCUCCUCUGGAAGAGGGAACUCUGCCCUUCAAGUUGGCUGAGGCCCAGAGACAGAAGAAGGCCUCCAUGGAUUCAUCUCGCCCAGUUCUCUUACAAGUCGCAGAGUCAGCCUACAGAUUUGGGCUGGGUUCUAUUGCUGGAGCUGUGGGAGCCACUGCUGUGUACCCGAUCGAUCUUGUAAAAACUCGAAUGCAGAACCAACGAUCAACUGGCUCUUUUGUGGGAGAACUUAUGUAUAAAAACAGCUUUGACUGCUUUAAGAAAGUGCUACGCUAUGAAGGCUUCUUUGGACUGUAUAGAGGUCUGUUGCCACAGUUAUUGGGAGUUGCCCCAGAGAAGGCCAUAAAACUUACAGUGAAUGAUUUUGUGAGGGAUAAAUGUAUGCACAAAGAUGGUUCGGUCCCACUUGCAGCAGAAAUUCUUGCUGGAGGCUGUGCAGGAGGUUCCCAGGUGAUUUUCACAAAUCCUUUGGAAAUCGUCAAGAUCCGGUUGCAAGUGGCUGGGGAAAUCACCACUGGUCCCCGAGUCAGUGCUCUGUCUGUCGUAAGGGACCUGGGGUUCUUUGGGAUCUACAAGGGUGCCAAAGCAUGCUUUCUGCGGGACAUUCCUUUCUCGGCCAUCUACUUUCCCUGCUAUGCUCAUGUGAAGGCUUCCUUUGCAAAUGAAGACGGGCAGGUUAGCCCCGGAAGCCUGCUCUUAGCUGGCGCCAUAGCUGGUAUGCCGGCAGCAUCUUUAGUGACCCCUGCUGAUGUUAUCAAGACUCGAUUACAGGUGGCUGCCAGGGCCGGCCAAACCACUUACAGUGGAGUGAUGGACUGCUUUAGGAAGAUACUGCGGGAAGAAGGCCCAAAAGCUUUGUGGAAAGGAGCUGGCGCUCGUGUGUUUCGAUCCUCACCCCAAUUUGGUGUAACUUUGCUGACGUAUGAAUUGCUACAGCGGUGGUUCUACGUUGAUUUUGGGGGAGUGAAACCCAUGGGGUCAGAGCCAGUUCCUAAAUCCCGGAUCACACUGCCUGCUCCCAAUCCCGAUCACGUUGGGGGCUACAAACUGGCAGUUGCAACGUUCGCAGGGAUUGAAAACAAGUUUGGAUUUUACCUACCUCUCUUCAAGCCAUCAGUAUCUACCUCAAAAGUCCCUAGUGGAGGCCCCUAGGAGGACCAACCCUGGGAUGUUGCUACAGCCCUGUUGUUACAUGGGGAAAGGACGCCCCAUUUCGGAUUGAAGCAAUAUUUUCUUCCUCUUACAUCUAUAUCUUGUUUAAAUUCAAGUCCCGGCUUUUUAUAAAGUGAAAUCAUUCAAUUUCUUUGUGUUUUCGUAUCCAGAUCAUUGUAAAAUUAUUCAUAAUUAUACUUUGGGGCUCUGCUCACAAACCUUUGGUUGUAUCUGCCAUUUGCUGCCAUUUGGUUAACACAGGGUUUGGGAGAAAGAGCGAGUCUGAAUAGAAAUUGGAGCUGUUCUACUUGGAUUAGGAAUAUAAUCCCAAAGAGGCUACUGAAAGGCAGCCAUGGUACCCAGAGCAAGGUGUAUCGCGUGUAUGUUUAAACUGAUAGAAAACUGGCUACAUUUUUAUAAAAGUAAAAAGCAUUGGAAGCAAUGAAAAUAUCAUCAGAAAAUAUAGCUAGCCUGGCUUCAGAUUUUAAACAUGCACUAAUUCUGCCUCUGGGUUAUAUUAUGAAGCUUUUAUGUGAACGUGUUUUGUUUUUGUUUUUAUAAUGAAAACCAUAUUGAAGAUGUGUAAUAAUCAUAUACUGUUACUGGUACCAAGACUAUCAGUGAGAAAUCUUUGUAGUUUAGGGGAGUGCUCUUGGCAUUGUUUUGUUUAUUAGCACCUCUUCAGGAUGUACUAAUUUGGGAUAACUGCUCGUAGGACACACAUGUGCUGAUUACUGCCUGUAAUAAACACUAUAGAGAAACGCAUGCCCCCAUUCCUGGUACCUGUGCUAAUUUCCUUCCGAUCCCCCUCAGUUGGCACCCAUUUGCUUUUAAAACCCACUCUAUCUUGAAUCAUAUGAGACAAAUAUAUUCUAACGUAAGUUUCUAUUUAAUUUGUGGUGCCUUGCAUAAUGAUCAGAAGGCUUGUAUGCUUGUGAAAGAGGAAAUAAACUAUUUUUAAAGCUA